AAGUAUAAUAUGCACGCUCCAAAUCUUCUAUCUUCUUCCAUGGCUCUCUCCUCAAACUUGGUUUCUUUUCUCUUCUUCACAAUACUUCUCUUGUCGUCUCUGCAAAUCCACGCCAGAGACAGUCAGUUCUUCAGCAAAGUCACACAUCCCGUUAUCGACAAGAAUAAUGGUGAAGAAACCGAGCUCCCCAACGAAAAAGAAGAACCUGUGAUGAUGAACAAGCCAGAUCAGCAAGAGCCCGUCUUCAUUCCUGAGAUUGAUAACAACUAUGGCCUCUAUGGCCACGAGUCCGCCGGUCCGACCACUACCACCACCACAUACCAGCCUUACAAGACUGAGUCUGAGGAGGAGUACAUGAGAAAGUAUCCAAACAAGUACUCGUACUAUAACAGAGACCAGAACGAUUUCAUCAACAACAACAAUAAUAACUACUACAAGGAUGCCUAUGGUAAUGAUCUGGACAAGAAAAGGUACACAGGAGGAGGAUACGAGAAUAUGUCGAGUAAUCAGAUGAGGAAGAACCAGAAGCUCUACAACGGCAACAAUGGCGGAUAUGAUCAUAGGUAUCGUCAGUAUAACGGUGAGAGGCAAGGAAUGAGUGAUACAAGGUUUAUGGAAGGUGGGAAAUACUACUAUGAGAACAAUAACUCCAUGCAAGGAUAUCAGAACCAGCUGGGGCUUGAGGGUAAUAAUAACAUAGAUGAGUUUCAGCCUUGAUCUAAUUAGAUCAGUGAUACGUUAGAGGAUAGGGU